UCUGCGUUCGUCUCCGUGAUCUCCGUCUCGAUUAGAAGCUGUUUAAUAUUGAAACAUAUUAUGACAAUAAAUCAGAUAUUCAAUUAUCACAUUUGUGCCAUCCCCCUGAAGACAUGUCUGCUUAUAACUGUGAAAAUGAUUUUGUUGAUCUGGCUAAGUGUUUUCUUAGUGCUCUCCUGUAAUGGCCAGACAGUGAACAAAUAUGAACACUAUUUGGACGAUCCAGCAGUGCAACUGUUCAGGGAAUAUUUAGAAAUAGACACGAGUAAAGCAGAAAAUAUACAAACUGGUGUGGAUUUCUGGAUACGUCAGGCGAAUGAUGUGGGUUUGCCUUAUGCGGUGUACUCACCGGCCGGCAAGCCAAUAUUUGUGGCUACAUUGGAGGGCUCCGACCCAUCUUACCUUGAGUUUUUAUUUGAAACCUCAAUUGCUCAAAUAUGGACUGUAGUCAAAGUUGAGUGUUGUUUUUGGUAA